GCUGCUGACGGCAGGGUUGUCGACCAGUCCUACAGGAUCGCCGCCACAUUAUCAAUGAUUGCCUGAUGCCUGUUUCCGGAAUCAUGAUCUGCUUGACAGAUGUGCGUCUCGAAUUGAUCGAAUCGUCGGUGAUGUGCGUGUACAUCUAGUGAUUUUGGUACGCGGUUGGAUCGUCCUGUUCUCUUUUUUCAUUCACUCACAGCCGCAGAGCUGUUUGCCGAAUCUAGUGUGCUUCCGAUCAACCACCGAUCAUAAUAAGUAUUCGCUUCAGUAGUCUUCCUUAUGGCUAUAACACUUCAUCUCAUCCACCAAGGCAUGCCCCUCAUUCUUCCUUCAAGUGGGUAGGGUUUCGGUUCCACUUCGGGUCGUGAUGGUGUGAUGUCUACAGCAAAACGGUUGGUGUUGAGUUGGCGUGGGAGGAAACAGUCGCAUGACAGUUCAGUCGGACGACUCUGCGGCCAUCAUGGCGGUCUGAGCACGAGCGACAGCCACGAGUUGGACGAGAUAGCGGUGGUGAGCAGUAACGCUGAUCCGUUACAUGUCAAGUACGGCAGUGGACCUUUAUCGACAGUGAAUGGACCGAGACUUGUACCAGGUAUCAUCACGAGUGGCGGCGGUUGUAUGGUGGGAGAACGUUUGAACUCAAGUGGAUCAAGGCUCAAUGUUGCAUCUCCCGUGCAAUCGGCACAGCCCAUCGCAAUCCAUCAUAAGUCAACAGACAGCAUCCAUGCUAGGCUCAAGUCAGUUUCGAGGCAGAGCUUGCUAGAUCUUGUCGGCUGUAAGCUAGGAAUGUCAAAGGCCUCCAAUCGCCCACCGGACAGUUACCAUCAGAGUUAUCAUCACCACCAACCAAGCCAUUACUUCUCAUCUUCGCACGACAGCAUCUCGGCACCUUACGUCAAUAGAGCCGCUAACGUCGGUACAGCAGCGAGCGAAUUAGAUCUAUCCAGAAAAUCACGCAGGAAAGAUCUGAGAAAUAGGCUGAAGCUGCCUACUAGUGUUGCGUUAGCAUCUUCGGGAGAAGCACCACUUCUGGGUGCUUGGAGGACUGCCCCCGGCUCGACUGCUGGUACCAACCCUCCAUCCUCCAAUCAUCUCAACUCGACUAGCAGCUGCAACGGUACUGAGAGUCGGUACGGUUUACGCAGAGUGGACUCUUACAACUCCCGAUUGAGAAAAGGGUCAUCCAAUUGGUCCUUCGUCUUUGAUCCUGCAGGACGUCUGUGUUACUACUGGUCUAUGGUUGUGUCCUUUGCAUUCCUUUAUAAUUUUUGGGUCAUCAUUUACCGCUUUGCCUUCCGGGAAAUCGACAGGCACACUAUACUGAUAUGGUUCUGCCUGGACUACACAGCUGAUUUCCUCUAUCUCAUGGACAUCGUAUUCCACUUCCGUACGGGUUACCUGGAGGAUGGCGUGCUUCAAACGGACGCUUCAAAGCUGAGUAACCACUACGUGAACUCAACCACCUUUUACAUCGACUGCCUAUGUCUCCUCCCUCUGGAUUUCCUGUACCUCUCCGUGGGAUUCAACUCAAUUCUGCGUAUGUUCCGUCUGGUGAAAAUCUAUCGGUUUUGGGCUUUCAUGGACCGGACAGAACGACACACGAAUUAUCCUAACCUCUUCCGUUCGUCCAGCCUGAUCCACUACCUCCUAGUUGUAUUCCAUUGGAACGGUUGUCUGUUCCAUCUUAUAAUAAAAAAUGACGGCUUCGGUUCUAAAAAUUGGGUGUACAGUGACGCGGACAGUACUGAUUACGUGAAAGCGUAUCUACAAAGUUACUAUUGGUGCACGCUGGCGUUGACUACAAUCGGAGACUUGCCGAGACCUAGGAACAAAGUUGAAUAUGUGUUCGUUAUUAUUCAGCUACUUUUUGGACUGCUCCUUUUCGCUACUGUUCUGGGUCACGUAGCGAAUAUUGUCACGUCCGUGUCCGCAGCUAGGAAGGAAUUUCAAGCCAAACUAGAUGGUGUCAAAACCUACAUGAGGAUGAGGAGGGUGCCUAAUCAUCUGCAAGUUAAAGUGAUCAAGUGGUUUGACUAUCUGUGGCUUACCCAAAAGUGUUCGGAUGAAGAAAAAGCCGUAUCGUGUCUUCCAGAUAAACUCAAAGCCGAGAUAGCUAUCAACGUUCAUUUAGAUACUUUGAAGCGUGUAGAAAUAUUCCAAAAUACCGAAGCAGGUUUUCUUUGCGAAUUGGUGCUAAGGCUCAGGCCGGUUUUGUUCUCCCCGGGGGAUUACAUUUGUCGUAAGGGUGAAGUAGGUAAAGAGAUGUACAUAGUAAACAGAGGCAGACUACAGGUAGUUGCUGAUAAUGGUAGGACUGUCUUGGCAACAUUGAAGGCAGGCAGUUAUUUUGGAGAGAUAUCUAUUUUGAAUAUGGGCACGGCAGGUAAAAACCUUGGUAAUCGAAGAACGGCAAGUGUCAGAUCGGUCGGUUACAGCGAUCUUUUCGUUUUAAGCAAAAAGGAUAUGUGGGAUGUUCUUAAAGAAUAUCCGGCAGCCAGGGUCAGACUAGAGGCUAUUGCUGUGAAAAGGUUGGAAAAAUACAAAAGAGCACCUCUCGAAAAAGCUGCCAUGGGUAGAAGUCAGUCCACACCUGGCCUCGUGGAAUCCAAAGGAAAAAUACCGUUAGAAGACAUGCUUCUCCAACCUGUAGUAGGGGGCUUCACACCAGCCUACCAAAGAUCUUACAUGGAUUCUCCCAUCCCCUGCGCCAUUUGUCCUGACAGUCCUGCAAGGUCGACCAGUAGCGAGAGAAGUCAUCAUACUCCAGUGUCGCAACCUAGAUCGGGCACCACGAUGCAGUGUGACAGUAUGACGCAACUGGUGUCAGGCACUACAACUCCACUGCUGGGUUCGCACGAGGCCUUGGAAUCCGAGAUAAAGAGGCUGAGAGAAAGGCUGCACACUGUCGAAGCCGAGAACUCUGCCAUGAGCAUGAAACUCAACCAGCAGCAAUGGGAGCUGCAGAACCGUCUGGCAGAGAUCGAAAUGCAGAUCUGCUGCUCUAGAUCGACGAGCAGCUUGGAAGACAACGAGAGAAACAGAGAGAGCAUCAUUUAACAACAAAAUGCGCUGCCUUACCACGUCUGGCAACGGCACGAGUUCGUACAGUACAUCGUGUAGUAAAGGCGGCAAAUUUCAUGAUGUAACUUUCCUACAAUGAAAUUCCUUUACUCGAUAUUUGUGGGAGAGGUGCUAGAUAUCUAUGGGGGAUCUUUCAAAAGGAGUGCUUCUUUUCGAAUUCUCAUCGAUUCCUGAAAAGUUAUCAGUAGUAAUAUCCCCAGGGCAUUGAUAAUAGGUGAUAGAUGAUUUUAUGACAAUCAAAAGGUUGUUCCUUGGUUACAGCCUGAAGCUGAAGGCUGAGGGCUAUUGCUAAGAUGUUCAAAAUACUGGUGUGCUCACUGAUUAGAUUUUGUUCUGGCGACUCGGCUCGACAUGGAUCAAUUUUCCCUUUUCUUCCUUAAGGUAUACAAAGAAUCUACCAAUUUACGGCAUACUUUCAAAAUUUUCAUUUUUUCUAUCGAAAGUAGCGGAUUUUCAUUAACCUCAAAACGAUUUUAACAGAAAAACGCCGGCGCGAAUAAUUUCGGCGCCUGAAGCGAAAAAAUUUUCGGCUCCCCUACUGAAAAAGCAUAAUAACUUCGUUAUUCAGAUGCAAUCGUGCGUAAAUAAAAAACAAUAACUGAUUCCGAAUUCAAAAUCGUAGGAAUUUUCCAUAUGUUGAAUGUGUAAACAUCAGCUUCCCAAAUGAUUCGAAAGCAAAAGUAGUAUUGUUUUUCGAAUUUGUGAAAUAGUUAAUGAUUUUAUCCCCCUUUCAAUGAGUGUAAUAGGGAAUUCUGUUUAUAUUGGUUGGGCUUCCAUGUGUUAUUCAUUAUACAGGCGGCUUAGUAAAGGAGGUUUGGAGAUUGUUAUUCGAAGGAAUGUUGAUAAACGCAGCGAAGCGGAACAACCUUAAGUUAUUUUCAAAAAUCAAGGAUGAAAUAUGAAAAGGAGGGCAGUAAACUGGGCCAAAUUGCUGCCCCUCAAAUAAAAGCGCCUGAACCGGUCGCUUCACUGUUUCACUUCUAACGUUGGCCCUGUAAACGCCAUAUAAAACGAUGCAGAAAUCAAGUGAAAAAGGGCCGAUAUGAAUAAAAUCCAAGGAGACUGGUCGCUUCAAAAGUCGCCACUUUAAUCUUAAAGUUUUUUAAGAGUAAGUGAGCACGCCAGUGUUUCAGACAUCUUAGCUGUUAUCAAGCAACGAGCUUGACUCUUGAGGAAUUUGUCAUAAAUCUAUGAAACAUUUGUCAAUGUCCAAGGGAUAUUCGACGGAAAAUUAAUCGACAAAAAAUUCAUAACACAACACAACGAAAUAAGUUUUGGGUUGAUUACUGAAGUAAUAAGAAGAUUUAUAACAGAAAAAAAUAGAGUUUACUCGAAUAUAAACUGAUUUCAUUCGCGGAAUUGAUUGAAAAUAGAUAACAUUUAGAUGGAUGGAUUCUGGAAGUGAUAUUUUUGAAAGAACAGAAGAAUUUCAAUUGAGUAAACAAGAAUAUUUGAAAGUUGUGGAACAGUCAAUGAUCUAAUAAUACAUAGUGGAGAGCAACGACUCCAACAUUAGAGAGAAACAGAUCAAGGCCUGGGUCACGUGACUACGAGGGAUAGGAUAACGACGUUUGAAUUUCAACCAAUGAUAAGGUAAGUCGAAUCACAUGAUCUAAAAGGGUUC